UUUUUUUUCAAUAGUGCCGUCGUCGCUGAUAUCAAGUGACGUCGAUUCGGAAUAUCAUCGCAUUUUUAUUCUUUCUCUUUUUUCUCCUUAACUGCUUUAUAUAUUUAUCUAAAAAGACAAAAUUAACAAUGAAGACUUUUGUUGGACCUGGAAGUGCCACUUGCUGUAGUCUAUUAUCUUUUUGCGGGAUUAUCUUUCUUGUUGCUCUCGGCUUAGCUUUUGAUGCCAAAGUAGAAGCAUUAACGGAAUUUACAUCUGAUCCUGAUGAUCCAACAUUAACAGCUAAAGCAUGUUUUACAGCAGCUGCAGUUUAUGCUUGUUUCCUUGGUUUUUGUGGUUGCCAGUUGUUGGUUCAUAAAUUUAAUUCACGUAAUCAAAUUCAGCUUUAAAAUUCCUUUCUUCUCUAUUUCCCUUGAUAUCCAACAUUUGAUGACAUAAUAUAUAUAAAUCUAUGUAUAUGAAUCUAUACAUCUUUUUACUCUUUUUUUUUUGUUUUUUUUUGUUUUGUUUUUUAAUAAUAA